AUGUCGGAUGAUGAAGAUAACAGAACUUAUUAUGUUCGUUAUGAAAAUAUUUCUCAUACUCUCACCGUUGGUUCUGUAGUAGUGUUUCAAAACAUUGACGAUCGUGAGGUUAGUGAUAAAAUUAUAACUUUUCAUCAAGGUUCGCGGAUGUUAUUGAGAUUGCUUAUAACUGCAUUAUGGCUUCUUAUUAGAUCUAUUGAUGAAGGAUCGGAGAUAGUCGCUCGUUUACGAUCAAGAUCACGAUGGAAACCUUAUAAAAGGAUUGAUAAUAAAUUUCUUGGAUCAUUUCUUUCGCUCCUUGCUAAAAAUUCCAGUUUCUUAUGGAAAUUUAACGUAUAUAUUGUAAAGGGUGGUGAAGAAGUUUCAUGCCUGAAUAUGAAAAUUAGAAGGACCCUUGAUGCUAAAAAUUGA